AUGGUGGCAACGAUUCAGAACGUCUACAUCGCCGCUGCGCUGGCCACCAUCGGUGGUCUCCUGCAGGGCUUUGAUGUGAGCAGCCUGUCCGCCAUCCUCGCCACGCCUCAGUACAAGGAGUACUUUUCACAUCCAGACUCCUCCACCCAGGGUGGCAUCACCGCGUCCAUGGCGGGCGGCUCUCUGCUCGGCGCACUGCUCGCCUCCUGGAUGGGCGACCGCAUUGGCCGGCGCGACUCCAUGGCCGUGGCCUGCAUCGUCUUCAUCACGGGGUCGACGCUCAUGUGCGCGGUGCAAAACACGGCGAUGCUGGUAGUGGCUCGGGUUGUCAAUGGAAGCGCCGUCGGCAUCCUCACAAGCCAAGGGCCGAUUUACAUUGCAGAGAUUAGCCCGGCUACGACAAGAGGUCGGCUCAUCUCGCUGCAGCAAUGGAUGGUUACGUGGGGUAUCCUCAUCAUGUAUUACAUCUCUUAUGGUGCGUCUUUCAUCAAGUCCAAUGCUUCUUUUCGUCUACCCUGGGGAAUCCAGAUGGUUCCCGCCAUCCUCCUCCUCUGCGCCGUCCCCUUCCUGCCUCGGUCCCCCCGCUGGCUCGCCAGCAAAGAGCGGUGGGAAGAAGCAAGCAAGACCCUGGCCCUUCUGCGCUCCGACGGCGACGAGUCGGACGAAGCCGUCAUCAGCGAACUCGAGGCCAUCCGCUCACGCAUCCGUCUCGAAUCCAUGUACGGCUCCUCCUCCUGGGCCCAAGUCUUUUCCGGCCGCAACCUGAUCCGCGUCCACGUCUGCAUCUUCGCCCACCUCUGGGCCCAGUUCAGCGGCACCAACGCCCUGAUGUACUACAUCGUCUACGUCUUCCAGAUGGCCGGCCUCUCCGGCACAAAGGUCCUCGCCAUCUCCAGCAUCCAAUACGUCAUCAACGUCGCCAUGACCCUCCCCGCGCUACUCCUGGUGGACAAGAUGCCGAGGAGACGCGUCAUGAUGACGGGCAGCUUCCUGAUGGCCACGUGGAUGUUCGCGACGGCCGCGGUGGAGGCGACGCACGGGUACGGGGUGCCCGGGGGACUCAACGGAAAUGCGACAAUUACGUGGGUUGUCAACAGCAGCGCAGCGGGUAAAGCGGUGAUUGCACUGAGUUAUCUCUUCGUUGCCACCUUUGCUUGUACUUGGGGACCAAUGGGGUGGAUCUAUCCGUCCGAGAUUAUUCCGCUUUACAUUCGUUCGAAGGCAGUAUCUCUCUCCGUACUUGUCAACUGGCUCGGCAAUUUCUCGCUCACGUUCAUGACGCCGCCAGCUUUUCAAGAGAUUCAAUGGCGAACAUAUCUCAUCUUUGGCUCCAUCAGCGCCGCGGCACUCGUCCACGUCUUCCUCUUCUUCCAGGAGACCCAGGGCAAGACUCUCGAGCAGAUGAAUGAUGUGUUUGACUACAACACGUUUGCGUUUGGGAGGAUCAGACAGCCCCCCGAGAUGGUGGACGCGUCUGGAGUUGAUGAGAAGCUCUCCCAUGAGAUUUAG